CUCUAAGAGAGAGGUUUCACAUCUCAGCCUCUUUCCUAGGAACUGAACCAACCCAUCAGACAGAAGGGCUCAGACAAAUACACAAACAAAGACAGUCUGACCUAAACAAAGACAUCAUUUCAUGUUUCCUGCCAUAGUAAUCUCACCAUCUUUUGGAUGCUUGGCUAGGCCUCAUGUGGGGGACAUGGGGGGCUCUACUUGGCCACAUCUGGCAGCUGAUACUGAACCACAUCUGGCAGGAGACACCAGGCCACAUCUCACAUAUAUAUAGCUCAUCUAUUAUAAUAAUAAUAAUAACAAUAAUAAUAGUGCUUUUCCAGGCAAGAGACCUUGUGAGAAUGACCCAGCUACAGCUGCCUAAGGAAGUUAGUCCUUUGCUCCAGAGUGACAGCUCUCAGGUUCCUCUGUGGUCAUUUGAUACCAGAAGACAGGGAAGUGUGAACAAGGUGAAAAUGUCUGGGGAUGGUAAAGCAGGCUAAGGAUUUAUUUGGGGAUCUUCAGAAAAAGGAAGAAAAAUGUGUUUUCAUUAUUUCUAACUCCUGAAUUGAAAUGCAUUUCAUACUACGUGUAUGUACCGUGCUUACUGCAGAAUGGGUUAAAAAAUAAGAAUAACUGGAUGAAACUCUAUAGCCUGUGUUAUACAGAAGGUCAGAAAUGAUCUAAUGGCUACUUCUGGUCUUUAAUUAAUCUAGGAAUAAAGCCUGGAUUUCAGUUAGAGCCACCUGCUGCUGCUGUAAGAUAAAUAAUAGAUAGUAGUAAUGUAUAAUUAUCUCAAAUCUGCCUGUGAAUUUUAACAUCCUUUAAAUCAUGAAAAACUGGGAAAUCUGAGUUAAUUGUUAAUGGUUAUACUUUGUGGAAUAAGGAGACAGAGUAGGCAGUAUCCCAGCCCCUGGUACACAGAACUUACGAGUUACAGCUGAUAAAGUCUUCAGUUGUUGAAUUGAAGGCUUGCAGGUUCAGAGAUCAAAUCUUUCUUUUGCCUCUAGGAAGAAUAUCAAUAAUGGUAAUUUUACUGUAGGUAGAAGGCAAGAGCCAGUGUGAGAAGUAAGGGUAGGAGAUCCAAUUAGUAAGGCUGAUUCAUGUAGGCUGAUUAUAAUUUUAAUAAAAAUGUAAGCGUUUGAGUGCUCUGAAUGGGAACCAAAGAAAAGAACCUAAUUUCAUCACAUGGAACAGUGACAUGCCUUCAGUUGGGACCCAACCCUGUGCCCAUGGAGUCAGCUGGAGCCUGGUUGUGGUCUUUACCUGGGCUAUGACUUGGGAGUCCUUGCUUUCAGGUUUUAUCAUCUCACAUGCAAGUCUUAAGGUCUAACAAAGGUCAAGGAAAAAAGUUAGCAGCGCGGGUGAGGUUUGCACACGAGAGCUACCCAACAAACUUCCUCCACGCAAAACGCAGUCAACCAGUGGAGUCUAAUACCAGUGUUAAAUACCAGUGGUUUUUUUCCCCCCAAAAGGGCUAGGUUAUUUUUUUUUAAUAUUAUCAUUUGCACUUAUGCCACAAUGGGUGAGGGUAACUAAUGCAAAGCAUAAAGCUAUCACUGUGGGAAGCAAGAAUCCCAGCUGCAUAGGUACUGUGUUUUGUGGCUGAUGCUUUCUUCUGCUGUUCUACUCUUUCACCUUCAUACUCUUCUUGUUACACUUUAAAUCCUUCGAGAAGAGGCUGUUUUUCACUAUGUUUAUACGGUUCCUAGCGCAAUGGGGUCCUGAUUUGGUUGAAACCUCUAUGUUGUGCCAUAAGACAUGUAACAAAUAAUUUUUCUGUUAAUUUUUUAUCUGCUUUUGUUAUCUCAGUCAACGGACACUAAUUGAGUCAGUCCUUAUCAAAUGGAGUUCCACAGUAACUGCUUACAGUAUUGCAGUAUUGCUGUGGCUGUCUUGUUGUUUUGUUUUACACUAUUCUCCCAUAAUUGUCCACUUUUUCUGAUAAGAAAUGAUUGUUGACUUCAUGUAUGAAUUAGCUGAUUGAAUCUGGUACUACAAAGCCCAUAGUAAACAGGUGGUAAGCCUGUAUCUGUAUGAGACAUGAUUUACUUCUCACAGAUGGACAGAUCGUUCAGAUUCUAUUGUUCCCCACAUUAUGCUUAACACACUCCUUUGUUUCUCUCUUGAGGAGGUGCCUAUAGCCCUGGCCUCCCAUAUACCUGCUGCAGAGAAACAAGAGUCUAUACAGGCUGGCAGUCCAUCAGAGCCUGGAGAUGCCAACAAGGAGUAUAUUGUGGCAGGAGUACGGCCCACUAACAAGAGAACAUCCUUGAGGAAUUCCAGCAGAACCUCAUGGAAGAUCUCCAAGGGCCCAGUAGCUCCAGGAACACCUUCAAUCUCUGCUCCAGUUAAACCCAUGGCAUCCCCCUCUGUGCAGCAUCUCUGGACUAGAAGCUACAGCAAACAGAGCCUCCGGCCUAAAAGUCUCUCUGCACAGACUGAUGAUGCUGGAGAGGAAAGAGAAGAGACCAGAGAUGUCUCAGGCACCAAGGAACCUGCAGCGGGGCAACAUCAAAGAGGGAGGACUGGGGCCCUCCAACAGCUGGCACAGUCUAGCCAGAGGGAAGCAGAAGAUGCUCAAACCAACUCAGAUGUAGCAAGGCAGCAUCGGACGCUGGGGCCCAGGAUACCUGGAUCUCCCCGAAAGACCAUCAAGAGCCGCUACAAAGAGACAAAGGAAGUCCAGAAUGGUUUAAGUGCCAAGGAAUCCUUAGCAUCAAUAGGUCAAGAUGUGAAAGCUGAAGGAAAGCCCCUUCCAGAGAGGAAGAGCAGCCUGAUUCCCCCCAUUAGCAAACACAACUGCGGGAGCACUGUAGUGGACCACCUCAUUGCUGCAGAACAGGAACGCCGUGCUCUCUGCGAGGCUGGAUUGAUUGAAGGGCAGAAGCGGCUCAGCGACCGAACACUCAAACUGCUCGAAAACCCCCUGACCUCCACAGGUUUUGCUGAUUAUAAUGAGCUGGGCUACAACCUGAGGUCCAACAUCUUCCAAGGUGGCCCACUGGAAAGCAAGAGCCUGAUGAAGGAUUCCUAUACCCCAGAUGUGAUUCAGAGGGCAGUCAGGGACCCCAAGCACUGGCAUGGAAGGAAAACUGAUGAACUAGGGAGGUGGCAUCAGAAAAAUGCCCUAAACAUCAACCUGCAAAAAGCUUUGGAGCAGAAAUAUGGGGAGAAGAACAAAGGUUCCAAGUCCUAGACGGUGAAGGAAAGAAUAUGAGUGCUUGCAGAGAGGGGCUUGCUCUUCCUACCCCUACAAUAAACCUCCAUCCAGCCUCUAA